AUUUCAUUCUUUUAUUUUUAUUUUUUUUAUUUUUUUUUUUUAAUAAAAAGAACAUUUAUAAUAUACAAAAUAAUAACCAUUGAUAAAUAAUAAAAAUAAUAAAAAUAAUAAAAAUUAUAUUUAUUAUUUAUAAUUUUAAAUAAUAAAAUUAAUUAAAUACAAAAAAAAAAUAAAAAAUAAUUUAUCAUUCACACACUCUCAAAAAACAAAAAAGAGAUACUAAAAAUAAACACACACAAAAACACACAUAUAUAAAAACAAAACAUAAACAAAGAUAAAAAAAUUAAAAAUAAAAUAAAAGUUCAAUAUUAUUUAUAAUUUUAUAUUUAUUAUAUAAUAUUUUUACAUAAUAUAUCAAAGUUUUUAAAAAAAAUAAUAGAUAAUUUUAUUAUCAAACAAUAAAAUUAAAAACCAUUAAUAAUAUUAAUAAGAAAAAGAAAAAACAAAAUCAUAAUUAUUUGUUGUUAUAAUUUUUUAUUUUAUUUUAUUUAAUUUUUCAAACACUAUUAAUAAAUAUACAUUAAUUAAUAAAUUUACUUUAUCAUAAUUAUUAUUAAUAAAACUAAAAACAAUUGAUACAUUCUCAAAUUUUUAAAAGAUAUAGAAAAUUAAAAAAUGCAAUACAUUAAAAUGGUUAUUUGUGGAGAUGGUGCAAUUGGCAAAACAUCACUACUAAUUAGCUUUGCAUCGGGAGGAGGGUUUCAUAGGGAUUACCAACCAACAGUAUUUGAUAAUUUUAGUUCAUUGUAUAUGUAUCAAAAUAAAGCAUAUAAUUUAGGUUUAUUCGAUACUGCAGGUCAAGAAGAUUUUGAUCGAUUAAGACCAUUAGGAUACAAUGAUACAGAUAUUUUUUUAAUUUGCUAUUCAGUCAUAAAUCCACCAUCCUAUUCAAAUGUAUACGACAAAUGGUUCUCCGAAAUUAAAAUGUACACGACAGAUGUUCCAAUUGUAUUAAUAGGUACCCAAAACGAUUUAAGGCAAGACAAAACAACUCGUGAUUUAUUGGCAUCAAAACAACAAGCACCAAUAACUUACGAAGAAGGUAUGAUGAUGAGAAAAAAAAUUGGAGCAAGUGCAUUUACAGAAUGUAGUGUUGUUACACAAAAAGGGGUUAAACAAGUAUUCGAAGAAGCAAUAAAAGUAUUUUUAGAAAGACAAACAGAAAUUCAAAAAGCAAAAGAAAAAAAUAAUUGUAUAAUAUUAUAAAAAUAAUAAAUAAAUAAAAAAAAUAAAAAAUAAAAAAAUAAAAAAAAUCAAUAAUCAUGGAUCAACUAAAUAUUUAUAUAAAACAAAAUAUUUAAAAAUAAAGAAAAUGUAUAUAAGUUUCGUCUUUUUUGAAAUU